CUGACGUUAAAAAAAAGUUGCGAAAGCGGUAUGGUAGCGAAUCAAGACUAUUUCGUCUUAAACGGUCUCAUCAACAUCAGCAACAUUGUUAACGGUCAACAUGGCGCUUUUACCAUGUUUUAUCGAAAUCAAAGGACCGGAAAAGACGCAUUUGUAAGUAACUGAUAAGAACACAAUGUUUGAUCAAAGAUGUUUUUCAGAAGCGUCAAUUCCUGUUUUAUAAAUAACAAUUAUUGGCAUCUUUCCAAUUUUCAUGAGACCAAGGAGAAGUUAACUGAAACUUUCUUGAAUGGCUGAUCAGAUGAUAGAAUAGCUUAGUGACACAUUCUUGAACAACUCAUGAAACGAUAGAGUAGCUUAGUGCCUCUAUUAGUGACAUUGUGUGCUAGAUCGGUGAACUAGGGGGCAAGGUGACAAUACAAUGGAUCCCCGGCAACGACAACGUCAGUGGCAACGAGAGAGCGGACACGCUGGCGAAAACUGGGGCUGCCCACCCUCAGCCAGAAGUACCAAUGACUUAUUUGGGAAUGUAAAACUGGCUGGCGGAUCAUUUCAGGAUGAAGUGGUACAGGCAAUGGGGAGACAACACGACCGCCAGAGGCGUCUUUUCAAACUUGCCCACUCCUAGCAAACAAGACCCAUGGUGGGGGUUUGGCCGCAGACAGCAGAGUUUAGUGGCGCAAAUGCGCACCGAGCUUUGCCCGAUUGGCACUUACUUCUGGCAGCCAGAAAACAAUAGGGAUCCCAUCUGCCGGCAUUGCAGCCUUGUCCCGGAGACACCAACGCACCUGCUGACCGAUUGUCCCUCACUAGAUUCCCCGGGAAGCCAGGGCGGUUGGAGAGCCCUUUGUGAGGAAAAUGUUGUAUGGCUCAGCUCAACAGAUGGAGUUGAUAGCCAAUUUACUAGCUGGGGUCAUAAGAGAGUAAUCUCAAACUUUCACCAGAAUAUUUGUGUUAGUUAGUGAUACAUUCUUGAAUAACUCAUCAGACGAUAGAGUAGCUUAUCUCAACCUGAUCUUAGUCAGCUAGAUCCUACCACUCCCGACAGCCAAACCAGUUUACUUUGUUCGUGAAUGUCUUUAUCUCCACCUGGUCUGAGUUCGCUAGUUCCUACUACCCUGACAGCCAAACCAGUACACCUUUGUUAGUGAUUGCCUUUAUCUCCGCCUGAAGUUAGCCAGAUCCCUGUCAACAUUCGGGACCUAAAAGGAAGGGUGGGUGACGUUUGCUUUCAUUUUACAAUUUGGUCACAGCAGUCACAUUGCUAUGCCAGUUGCCAUGGUUGCCAUGGUUGCCAUGGUUACAUCUCAUAACUCAAGAACAGUAAGGAAAAAAUGUAAAAUUAACUCCACAAUUACGCAUUUUAAAAAACAACUAUGUCUAAGGUGAAUACAUUUUGCACUAUCAAACCAAUCUUUACAAGUUAAUUAUGUUUUAUAUUUAAUAUUACAUCAGACUUCAUUACUUCUAGGUAAGGACAAAGUGAGCAAGGAAGACACAUUACCGAAAGACAAGGAGACAUAGGCAUAGUUUUGGAUUAAGAAAUGACACAUAUUACCGAAAAUAACGGACGAAUGGGAUACUUUGGGAGUAAGAAUGACAUAUAUUACUGAAAGUCUCGGACAAAUGACGAUACAUUUGUUGUAAACACGAAAGAUAUUACCAACAGGCACGGACAUAUUUUGAUUCCUUGGUAGUACGAAAGACAGAGAUUACAUAAAUGUAAGGAAAGUUGUAAGUAAAACGUGAUUAAAAAUACCGGAUUACACUUACAAUAGGCAACUAUUUCAUAAAUGUAAGGAGAGUUGUAAGUAAAACGUGAUUUAGAAUACCGGAUUACACGUCAAAUGAAAACGACAUUCGAGUUACGGGAUUAUCCAAUGAAAACUAACAAUAAAGUUACCAUAAAAAAACAACAAAACAUUGCUUCAACUUCCACAUUUUCAAAAUAUUAAAUCCUCAUCAAAAUAUGUUUAGAUUGAUGAGUCCAGAUUUUUGCUAUACAAGAAAACCUGUAGUGACGUGGAUAGCGUCAAGAUCGACUCUUGUGACUGCACGUUCAUGGAUUCCAACUACGUCCGGCUCAAGUGCAACCUUACGGCCAGAACUCUUUACAGCCGCUCGCAGAUAGCGUUGCUCUAUUCCAUGAGAGGCUGGUACUUAAGUACGGCUUUUCAGAUGCCCCCUGUAUACGGUAAGUCAAUUGUUUAAUAUAAAAACUUAUAUCUGGUUACUUGUGCUUAUAUCUACUGACAUCUGCUUACAUAUAAUUACAUCAGCAUACAUCUGCUGACAUCUACUUAGACUACUUUCAUGUGCUUUCAUCUAUUUAAAUCUGCUUACACCUGCUUACAUCUGCUUACACCUGCUUACAUCUGCUUGCACCUGCUUACACCUGCUUACAUCUGCUUAAACCUGUUUGCACCUGCUUACACCUGCUUACAUCUAACCACAUAUGUUUACGUACUAGAUAAAACAGGAAAACUCGUACAAAAACAAGUGUUUUAUAACAAUUAAAUGUUCCCAUUCAUCUUUAUUUGCGUUGUUCUUUGGUUGGAUUGUUAUGGCAGAGAACUGACUACAUUUAAAAUAGCUUGCAUAAUAAAAAAAUAGCGGUAUUUUGUAUCCCGAACUUCUUAAUAAAAGGCAUCGUCGCAUUAUUCGUAAGCAUCCAUCAGCCCCAGCCUGCGACCCCAUAAUACCCCGUAGAAUUAUGAGAUUAAUGUUGUAGUUAUUAAAAUGCAUUCACUGAGUAUAUCCAGGCGACUAAUGGACAAGCAGCGUGGGGAAAUUAAAAAUCUUAAUUACAUCACCGUCUUUAAGAUAACAAAGUGUAGAAGUGGCCACCAUAUUUUUGCCUGGAGUCUCGUGCUGUAUAUAUAUAUAUAUAUUGUAAGGAAACCUUGCUUACUCUCUGAUUAACUUCAUCUAGAUCUGGUACUCAAUAAGGAGACAACUCCAGCGAUAACAAUUGAUGAUUAAACUCGUGUUCUUUAUUGGGCUGUCACCUUGCUUACACUUUCACUCAUCUCACAACUCUGACUUCUCCCGGCUAUCUAGUUCUCAGUCUUCUUCUUCUAUAUCUUAAGGGCCCACGAUCAAUUUAUUGAUCAUUUUGGCUCCUAUGCAUGUAGAUGGGAUUUGCAAUGUUUCUGUUACUGGUGGUGAUGAGGAAAUUAUGCACUAGGGGUUUGAAGGCUUGAGGCAACAGUCCCAAACUUCUCUCAGGUUAGCUUAUACCAAACCUAAAGAGGUCAUUAUUUUACUAAUUUAUUAUUUUUAAAGUCUUAUAAUUUUUGUUAAAAUGAUAAUUUUAAUUAAUCUAACAUAUCUAGAUUUUGAAAAAAUUAAAUAAUUGGUUUAAAAACAAAAAUAAAUAAAAUAAAAAAACACUAAUUACCAAUCGGUUAUCGUAAGUUGUAAACGAACUCUUCAAAUUGUCAUGUUCGAAAUAAUCAUUUGUUCGUAAAUCAAGAGCGGCCUGAUUAGGAUGAAUUCAAUCAUGCGGCGUUCACCGUAUCAGGAAAUUUGAUCGAAAGAAAUUUCGUCGACGAUAAAUUGGUCGACGGUAAUAUGAUCGAACGGAAAUUUGGUCGAAUCUUCUUUUCAAUUUUUACGUUACAAUUUUGCAUCAAAUUUCUUUUUGAACGAAUUAUUCUGUUUUACUAAAUAGUAUAAGAGAGUUCAAAAAGAAAUUUGACGAAAAUUUUAACGUGCGAACGGAGGAAAAAGAUUCGACCGAAUUUCCGUUCGAUCAAAUUACCGUCAAUCAAUUUACUGUCGACGAAAUUUCUUUCGAUCAAAUUUCCGGUAACCGGCGUUCACAAGUGUCCCCCACCCCCUCCCCCCCUCCAUUUGUUUUCUACAUAUGCGGGAUCCACCCAUGCAUAUAAUUACCUACCUACAACGUGCGGGCGUUUGGUAUCAGUGUUUGAAUGAUCAGUUAAGUUAAAUUUACCUUUUAUAUGACGUCAAGGUGUUUGUUAUUUUAUACAGUUGUUACCGUUGGUUUGUUCGUUGAAGACGGCUUCUUGCCGACACGUUCGUUGUUUUGUUGCGUCAUUUUUUUCAGGUAUUCCCAUACGUUUUUCGCUCAUGUCGUUUUAGUUAGCUACCCUGGAACCGCCUCACCCACUUAAAGGCUUAAGAUUUAACUUAUUCAUAAAUUUGAUUACCAUCUCACCGCUGGAUAGGUAGGCGAGUUACCCCCCACCCCCUCCCCCCCUCCCCCGACACGCUCUCUCAUCGUUUUCUUUAAUUAAUUAUUCAAGGAGUGACACACACGCACCUAUACUGGAUCGCGCCUACAAAUUCACUGUCUCAGAACAAUUUCCUGUGCAUAGUGACGAUUGGAAGAGGAUUGUCAGUGCAGGAGCGAUUUCUUUGGCUAAUUCUUUGAGCACUCGUGGUUUAAUGUUGUCAGGACCACAUGCUUUGUAAGGGUUAAUGGUAUUGAGGAGGGCAAACACACCUUGUUCUGAUAUCUGGAUAUCUCCCAUGAUAGGAUAGGCUCUGUUCAUCAUUUUGGUCUUCAGAAGGAACUCAGUCUCAGAGUACUCUCAACCGGCCGCCUUCUCUUUCCGUCCCGUCCAGAGAUCCCUAUUUAUACCUCCCUGUCCCAUAGCUCCUCUCCCAGUCCAGAUUAUACCCCGCCCCUUUUUCUCAAUUGGCGCCAGGUUACAAACAGACCAGACGUCCCAGGUAAAUGCCCUGGUCAGAUUGAUGGCCGGUACCGCCCCCAGCGCUUGAUCCUUCGGUCGUGUCUGGGUGGUCAGAUGGCCGUAAUCCCUGGUCAGGCGCCCCAGCGCUUGAUCCUUCGGUCGUGUCUGGGUGGUCAGACGGCCGUAAUCCCUGGUCAGGCGCCGUCGUGGUCCGAACUCUCCACAAUAUAUAUAUAUAUAUAUAUUGUAAGGAACCCUAGCUUGCUCUCUGCUAACCUUCAUCUAUAUCUGGCAUUCACUAAGGAAACAACUCAGGCGAUAACAUUUGAUGAUUAUAAUCUUUUUCUUUAUUGGACUGACACUUCGCUUAUACUUUCUCUCAUCUCGCAACUCUGACUGCCCUCUACUCAUACCAUCCGGCCGCGCUCUAUAUCGUCCCGUCCAGAGGUCCCUAAUUAUAAGUCCCUGGUUCAUAGAGUUCCCUUCCCAGGUCUGUACUCGCCCCGCCCCUUUCCCCCAAUCGGCGCCAGGUUACCAACUGAACAGACGUCCCAGGUAAAUGCCCUGGUCAGAUGGCCGGUACCGCCCCCGGCGCUUGAUCCGUCGAUCGUGAUCUCUGGUCAGAUGGCGCCGGCUGUACCUGUCAGACGGCCGGUAAACCCUGGUCAGACGCCCCCGGCGCCGUCGUAGUCCAAACUCUCCACAAUAUCCAGGCGACUAAUGGACAAGCAGAGUGGGGAAAUUAAACAUCUCAAUUACAUCACCAUCUUUAAGAAAACAAAGUGUAGAAGUGGCCACCAUAUUUUUGGCCUGGAGUGUCGUGGUGAAUAUAUAUAUAUUUAUAUAUAUAUAUAUAUAUUGUAAGGAACCCUUGCUUGCUCUCUGCUAACCUUCAUCUAUAUCUGGCAUUCACUAAGGAAACAACUCAGGCGAUAACAUUUGAUGAUUAUAAUCUUUUUCUUUAUUGGACUGACACUUCGCUUAUACUUUCUCUCAUCUCGCAACUCUGACUGCCCUCUACUCAUACCAUCCGGCCGCGCUCUAUAUCGUCCCGUCCAGAGGUCCCUAAUUAUAAGUCCCUGGUUCAUAGAGUUCCCUUCCCAGGUCUGUACUCGCCCCGCCCCUUUCCCCCAAUCGGCGCCAGGUUACCAACUGAACAGACGUCCCAGGUAAAUGCCCUGGUCAGAUGGCCGGUACCGCCCCCGGCGCUUGAUCCGUCGAUCGUGAUCUCUGGUCAGAUGGCGCCGGCUGUACCUGUCAGACGGCCGGUAAACCCUGGUCAGACGCCCCCGGCGCCGUCGUAGUCCGAACUCUCCACAAUAUCCAGGCGACUAAUGGACAAGCAGAGUGGGGAAAUUAAACAUCUCAAUUACAUCACCAUCUGUAAGAAAACAAAGUGUAGAAGUGGCCACCAUAUUUUUGGCCUGGAGUGUCGUGGUGAAUAUAUAUAUAUUUAAAUAUAUAUAUAUAUAUAUUGUAAGGAACCCUUGCUUGCUCUCUGCUAACCUUCAUCUAUAUCUGGCAUUCACUAAGGAAACAACUCAGGCGAUAACAUUUGAUGAUUAUAAUCUUGUUCUUUAUUGGACUGACACUUCGCUUAUACUUUCUCUCAUCUGGCAACUCUGACUGCCCUCUUCUCAGACCGUCCGAGUUCUCCUUGCUAUGUCCACUUCUCUGUCCAGUCCUGUCCAGAGGUCCCUAUUUAUAAGUCCCUGGUCCAUAGAGUUUCUUUCCCAGGUCUGUAAUCUGACGCGCCAGCCCCUUUGAUCAGUCGGUCACUACCCCCACCCCUGUCGCCACCAGGUUACCAACCAGUCGUCCAAGGGAAAUACAAUGGUCAGAUGGCCGGUACCCUGCUGUAAGAUCUGACGCACCCGGCCCUUUGAUCAGUCGGCGCCUCCAGGUCCGAACCGUUCGAGGCCUUAACUCUCCACAAUAUAUAGUAUCCUUCCGUCCUCGCUAGACGAUGUAAUAGCUAUGUAUACUUCAUCAAACGGCUCACUAGGCCAGUGCUAAAAUGGUCGUCUCGGCUGAUUUUCUCGCAAGACGGCCUUGACUCCUCGUUAAAUUAGGACUUCCGUCUUGUUCUUCGUGGUGCAAGGCCGUCAUUUCCUGCAUCAGGAUUCUUCUAUCUUUUUGACUUCUUCAUACACUGCUGUUUGACUCCUCCAUACACUGCUGUUUGACUCCUUCAUACACUGCUGUUUGACUCCUUCAUACAAUGCUGUUUGACUCCUCCAUACACUGCCGUUUGACUCCUCCCUACACUGCUGUUUGACUCCUUCAUACUCUGCUGAUUUCCAGCUGGAACGGUGCUCAGCGAUGAUCUCCCAUUCAUUGAAUUCCAUUUUGUACUCCAACAUACCCACAUUGCAAACGUCCGUAAAUGGCAAACACGGCCGUCCAAUAAGUCUCAGGCGUAGCCGUCCAAUAAGUAUCAGGCGUGGCCGUGCAAUAAGUACCAGUCGUGGCCGUAUGACUCGUUCAUACACUGCUGUUUGACUCCUUCAUACACUGCUGUUUGACUCGUUCAUACACUGCUGUUUGACUCCUUCAUACACUUCUGUUUGACUCCUUCAUACAGUGCUAUCUGACUCCUUCAUACAGUGCUAUCUGAAUCCUUCAUACACUUUUGUUUGACUCCUUGAAACACUGCUGGUUGACUCCUUCCUACAGUGCUAUCUGACUCCUUCAUACACUUCUGUUUGACUCCUUCAUACAAUGCUAUCUGACUCCUUCAUACACUUCUGUUUGACUCAUACAAACACAGCUGGUUGACUCCUUCAUACAGUGCUAUCUGACUGCUUCAUACACUUCUGUUUGACUCCUUCAUACACUGCUGGUUGACUCCUUCAUACAGUGCUAUCUGACUCCUUCAUACACUUCUGUUUGACUCCUUCAUACACUGCUGUUUGACUGCUUCAUACACUGCUGGUUGACUCCUUCACACACUGCUGGUUGACUCCUUCAUACAGUGCUAUCUGACUCCUUCAUACACUUCUGUUUGACUACUUCACACACUACUGGUUGACUCCUUCAUACACUUCUGUUUGACUCCUUCACACACUGCUGGUUGACUCCUUCAUACACUUCUGUUUGACUCCUUCAUACACUGCUGGUUGACUACUUCAUACACUGCUGUUUGACUCCUUCAUACACUGCUGUUUGACUCCUUCAUACACUGCUGUUUGACUCAUACAAACACAGCUGGUUGACUCCUUCAUACAGUGCUAUCUGACUGCUUCAUACACUUCUGUUUGACUCCUUCAUACACUGCUGGUUGACUCCUUCAUACAGUGCUAUCUGACUCCUUCAUACACUGCUGGUUGACUCCUUCAUACACUGCUUUUUGACUCCUUCAUACACUGCUGGUUGACUCCUUCAUACAGUGCUAUCUGACUCCUUCAUACACUGCUGGUUGACUCCUUCAUACACUGCUGUUUGACUCCUUCAUACACUGCUGGUUGACUACUUCAUAAACUUCUGUUUGACUCCUUCAUACACUGCUGGUUGACUACUUCAUACACUGCUGGUUGACUACUUCAUACACUGCUGUUUGACUCCUUCAUACACUGCUGGUUGACUGCUUCACACACUGCUGGUUGACUCCUUCAUACACUGCUGUUUGACUCCUUCAUACACUGCUGGUUGACUACUUCAUACACUGCUGUUUGACUCCUUCAUACACUGCUGUUUGACUCCUUAAUACACUGCUGGUUGACUGCUUCAUACACAGCUGGUUGACUGCUUCAUACACUGCUGUUUGACUCCUUCAUACACGCUGGUUGACUCCUCCAUACACUGCUGUUUGACCCAUUCAUACACUGCUGUUUGACUCCUUCAUACACUGCUGUUUGACUCCUCCAUACACUGCCGUUUGACUCCUCCAUACACUGCUGUUUGACUCCUUCAUACUCUGCUGAUUUCCAGCUGGAACGGUGCUCAGCGAUGAUCUCUCAUUCAUUGAAUUCCAUGUUGUAUUCCAACAUACCCACUUUGCAAACGUCCGUAAAUGGCAAACAGGCCGUCCAAUAAGUCUCAGGCGUGGCCGUCCAAUAAGUAUCAGGCGUGGCCGUGCAAUAAGUACCAGUCGUGGCCGUCCAAUAAGUUUCAGGCGUUGCCGUCCAAUAAGUAUCAGUCGUGGCCGUCCAAUAAGUAUCAGGCGUGGCCGUCCAAUAAGUCUCAGUCAUUGCCUUACAAUAAGUAUCAGGCGUGGCCAUCCAAUAAGCCUCAAGCGUUGCCGUCCAAUUAGUCUCAGGCGUGGCCUUCCAAUAAGUGUCAUGCGAGGCCUCCAUUAAGUCUCAGGGUUGGCCGUCCAAUAUUUCUCAGGCACAGUUGUUCAAUAAGUCAGAGGCGUGGCCAUCCAAUAAGUCUCAGGCCAGGCCGUCCAAUAAGUGUCAGGUGUGGCCGUCCAAUAAGUCUCAUUGUGCGGUCGUUCAAUAAGUCCUAGGCGUGGCCUUCCAAUAAGUCUCAUUGCGCGGUCGUUCAAUAAGUCCUAGAAGUGGCCGUCCAAUAUGUCUCAUGCGUGGCCGUUGAAUAAAUCACAGCCGUGGCCGUCCAAAAAAAUCUCGCCCCUUUGCCAACUCUCCUUACAGCAGUUCCUAUGAAGUACGGCCUUCCUUCAAUCUACGCACAUGGCCUAACCAGCAAAUGGCACCUUGCAAAGGUCUUCGUCGACUUCACCAUUCAGAGGAAGACAUUAUCGACUAUUUCCAAUAUAGGUCCUACCUGAUGACACUACUUUCAUCAUUCCUUCAAGGGGUUAAAAAAUAUUACCCGUGCUAAUGCCUUCAGGUCACAAUGGAGCGACAAUGAUGACAGGACCAAACUUAUUCUAACAUAUCAUCAUCACAGUCUAAUAGCCAAACGAAUUACUACUCGUCGACACAGUCACAUACACAAUUUUCUCUUCCCUGCCAUAAAAAUCUGCUAAACCCCCCACUGUGGAACCAAGUUAUGUGGAUGCAGCCGUUGCAACACUUGUCCUUUCGUCGUCCAGACUCCAAGCAUUCCUUUCCAUAAUGGCAGUUUUUUAGAUUCGGGACGGUUUCCUUUUACUAGCUGCAAUGUUGUCUGCGCAUUUGUUUGACAUUGCUGCCAGGUGUUAUACAUAAGGGAGACAAGUCGCGACUCUCUGACAGAUAUAAUUUUACACAAGAUAAGUAGUGUCCCGUCUCUUGAAAAGAAGGGACCACAAGGGGCUGCGGAUUUUGCUAUAAGUGCGAUCGUGACCUGCACAAACACACCAAGCCGGUUGAAUUAAAAAAAACAAAAAACAAGCUGAUCAAGAAUUAUGGAACCUUGACACCAUAAUGCAUGAAUGCCAUAGUCUCAAUCACCUGUUGAACUUUUGCGCCACCCCUCCUCGUCACGACCAAUCACGUAGACUUAUUUCUCCUUUUGUCUUUCCCUUUUAGCACGUAUUUGGUCUCUCACACAAUUAUUUUCAGUCCCAAUCCUCUUAUAACCAAGUUCUAGUAUAGUAUUUUAAUUAUCAUUAAUGGUGUCUACAGAUAUUUUCAUUAAGCGCGAGUGAUUUCUGAGGAUUCCACGGUUAGAAAUGAUGUCAUUUCUUGAGAGGAUGAUCUCAGUAAAGACAUAAAAAUUAUCCAUUUCCAAUGAGGACUGGAAGUUUUCAAAGAUGACUCCCUCCAUUAAAGGUUCUUCAAGUUUUUCAUUAACACGUUUUAAAGCCCAUCCACAGAGCGUGGUUCCACUUAAGGAAUAUUUUCCUAAUUGUCACGAAUGUUUUAGUCAAACUUUUAACAGUAAUAUUUUCCCCAUACUUAGUAUUCUUUGUAAACAAAGAUAGUAUUUAGGUCCUUCUGUCUUGUGAAAAAAAACGAGAAAAUUUUUUGUCUAAAAUCUCCAUUGAAAAGAAAAACUGCAACUCAAACAUUGAACCAAAAGUAAUUUUUUAAACUUCGGCCUAGAGUACAUUAUACAGUGCGUCAAAUGGAUUUACAUUAGGUUUUGCGGCCAUUGAAGCUUGAUCCCAGAUAAUCACGUUCUCCUUUUUCAGUUUAUUUGCCGUAUUGGUUCCAUGUCAGAUAUGAUAUGUUGAUUUUUCAUUUAUUGGAAUAGGCAACCUGAAACGACUGUGGGAAGUAUUGCAUCCACACCCCCCUCUAAAGCAUAUUCGCUGAUGUGCCUGUAUACUGAAGAGAGUUCAGCCCAGGUGUUGGGCUAAUUCAGACGCGUAGCAGAUAAUUUAAGACGUGGAAGACAGGGGAUGUCAACGGUGCGGGGUAAACCCACAGUUGAAGACUGACCAACAAAGCACGCGCAUAAGAUUGCAGCAGACGCCGCGGAAAAGGAAAGCCACGAAUUCGACAGUGACCGCAGAUAAAUUAUGAAGACGUGGAACGCAGCGGGCACGGGUGAGGGGUAAAACCCACGGUCGGAAACUGGCGAAUCACACGCGCAGAAGAUUGUAGUAAACGCCACAAACCCAGAAAAGCACGCGUUUGACAGGAAAUUGGUAUAAAUCAAGACUUUAGUUGGCAGGGGAGGUCAUCAGGUAAUCAAGUGUGAAUUAGGGUAAAGCAGAGUGAAGGCGAGAGAGCCCGAGUAAGUCGAGUGAGCGAAGCCGGAGUGAGUUAGUUGGACUGAGGGUGGGCCGGACAGUCAAGCGGUCAGUCAUAGACAUGAGGGGACACUAACCCGGGACAGUCAGAGCAGAAUUGCCAGGUCUUGAUUGUCACAGCCUAUAAACGGGAAGUCUAACAGUCAAUGCGUGUUGCAGUAAGACAGACAGGGUGAAAGAGGUUACCAUCCACAGAAAAUAGAUUGAGAAACGUGUUGAGAUAAGGUGGAUUUCCUUGCAAUAUGCACAUAGCAAGACUAUUUCAUUUUGACAACACCCAUAGUGGAAGAUUGUGUUAUAAAGGACGCACACGGUGCUUGAUUGUGUUGUAAAGGACACACUGUGCAUGAUUGUGUUGUGAUGGACGCACACGGUGCAUGAUUGUGUUGUAAAGGACGCACACUGUGCAUGAUUGUGUUGUGAUGGACGCACACGGUGCAUGAUUGUGUUGUGAUGGACGCACACGGUGCAUGAUUGUGUUGUGAAGGACGCACACUGUGCAUGAUUGUGUUGUGAUGGACGCACACGGUGCAUGAUUGUGUUGUAAAGGACGCACACUGUGCAUGAUUGUGUUGUGAAGGACGCACACUGUGCAUGAUUGUGUUGUGAAGGACACACGGUGCAUGAUUGUGUUGUGAAGGACGCACACUGUGCAUUAUUGUGUUGUGAAGGACGCACACGGUGCUAGAUUGUGUCGUAAAGGUCGCACACGGUGCUAGAUUGUGUCGUAAAGGUCGCACACGGUGCUAGAUUGUGUCGUAAAGGUCGCACACGGUGCUUGAUUGUGUUGUAGAGCUCCCCUUCCAUAUCCGUCAUUGUGAAACCUCGUCCACUUUUUAAAAGGGGGGUUGAUGCUGUUAAUCGGGUUUUUUUGAGCUUGGCAAAAGAUGUCAAUACAAAAGGGGAUAUUGCUCAUAUUAAUUUAGGAAUAAGUUCUAGUGCGAUGUGUUUACUACAACGCGGUAUUUUAAUUUGAGAGCACAGCAUGAUUUAUUUCCACAAUGGAAUUAAAGACAUUUAUAAUCUCAUACUUAAACUGUAUCUUUCAGAGACUCCUGGGUGCACCGAUCCUUCCACUAAUCGAGGUAUCGAAAUAAUGGUGUUCUCUUAAACGUAACUAGUUUUAAAAUAUAUUUUUGUAAUAAUGUGUUUAAACAUUUUUUUAAGUGUUAUAUGCAAAGUAAAGAGCAUGAAGGAUGGCUACUUAGUUUGAGAUUGAUAUCAAGAUAUUUUGAAAGGACCAGGGGGAAAAAUACUUUUCAGAAAAUGAAAGAAACAAAAAUCUUUUUUCCCAAAGAAAACCUUUGUCUCUAUUCAAGUUUGGAAGCUUGUCAAUAAAACCAUAGAAUUGUAAAAAUUCAUGCAAUCUGAUAGGGAACCUUUGUUUUUCUAUUGCAGCAGCCAGGAAUCAUCCCGAAAGCUUCACUGCUCUACUUGGUAUGUGA